CGUAAAUAUUGCAGCCUCGUUCGUAUGACCCCAAGCGAAAAAUAUGCCCUCGUGUUGUUGUGUACGAAGGUUGACAACAGGAUGGAAAUAGGCUUUGCUGGAAAAAAAGCGUUGGUUACGGGGGCAGGGAAAGGAAUUGGAAGGGAGAUAUGCAAAGCACUUGUAAAAGGUGGUGCAGAAGUUUAUGCUGUCAGCAGAACCCAGUCAGAUUUGGACAGUCUUGUAACUGAGGUGCCAGGAAUUCAUCCAAUAUGCCUUGAUCUACAAGAUAUUGAUGCUUGUGUAGGAGCCGUCAGCAAGUUACAAGGAAUUCAACUGCUAGUUAACAAUGCAGGCUUUGUAGUCUUGGAAUCCUUUCUUGAUGUCACAAAGGAAGCAUAUGAUCAGAUAAUGGAUAUAAAUGUUAAGGCAGUUCUUUUCCUGUCUCAGGCUGUUGCUAAAAAUAUGAUUGCAUCUGAACUUGGAGGGUCUAUUGUAAAUAUCUCAAGCCAAGCCUCAAAGGUAGCGCUGAAAGAUCACACUGUUUACUGUGCGUCAAAAGGUGCCUUAGAUCAGCUUACAAGGUCAAUGGCUCAAGAACUUGGACCAUAUAAUAUUCGAACAAAUGCUUUAAAUCCAACUGUUGUUUGGACUGAAAUGGGGAAGAAAGCAUGGUCUGAUCCACAGAAAAGUGCAAGCAUGCUCAGCAAGAUUCCACUGGGGCGUUUCGCAGAAAUGAAGGAUGUUGUCAAUGCCACAUUGUACCUGCUUAGUGACAAGAGUGACAUGAUAAAUGGCACAACAUUGCCCAUCGAUGGUGGCUUUUUAGCUACGCAUUGAUAUCAACUGUACUGUUGGAGCCAAAAAAUUUGUACUGAGGUAUAAUAAUAGAAACAUUUUUAAUUGUAAUGCUCUAAGCUGAUUUGAUUCAAAACAUUUGAUUGGGCUUUGCGCUCUUCUUCCUUAGAUAUAGUGAAUCAUUUUUAAGCUAAAAUUUGUCUUAUGUUUUCAAA